ACUGAAGAAUGCUACUAGAUUUCAAGUGAUACGUUUUAAAAUUCUACGCUUCUUGGUCUGUGUGCAUGUAAUAUUAUUAGUUGUGCCAAUGGUAUACACUCUUUUUAACAAUGAUUACAAUCUAGCGAGGAUAACAAAGCUAUGUUGUUUAGUGGCAGCCUUUAUACAAGUCCCUUGGGAAAUAUCAUCUUUUGCGCUGCAAUAUGAUCGAUUGCAAUAUUUGAUCUCGGAAAUGGAGUAUAAUUUUAAAAACGCAAAAGCACACGAAAAAAAAAUUUAUCAACGAUACGUUGAUAAGUGUAAAGUGUUUUAUACAGGCUCUACUGUGGCGGUUUUCUUCACCGCGGUUGCAACAAUAAUAGCACCGUUAAUAAUACCGGAUCAGAUCCUACCUGUAGAAGCAAAGUAUCCUUUUGACGUGAAACGUGAACCAAUGAAGACUAUUGUCUUUCUACAUCAAUCCAUCGUUAUUUGGCAAACUUUUUCGAAUGUUUGUCACUGUUCUGUUAUCGGUCUUUUCAUAUGGUUUACUACGGCUCGUUUCGAAAUCUUGGCGCAUCAAUUUCGAAAGGUCACCGAUGUUUACGGUAUCAUCGCAAAUGUACGACAACAUAUAAAAUUGUUAAGAUAUGCUCAAGAGGUAAUAAUUGCCGUUCGUUCAGCAAUAUUAGCGAUAAUAAUUAUUUGUACAUGUUCGAUUGUAGCUGGUGGUUUAGUAAUUGCAAGCGAAAGCGAAUUAAUGGACAAAUCACAAUUCAUAAUUCUGUGUAUAGCUGCAUUUAUGGAAGUUUACGCGUGCGCUUGGCCAGCCGAUUACUUGAUGGACGCGAGUACAAAUAUUGCGCACGCAGUAUAUGAAUCACCCUGGUACAAUAAAGACGCAACUUUUCAAAGAAGUAUAGCGCUUAUCUUGUUCAGAAGCCAAAUAUCAACGGCCGUCUCAGUUUCCUCUAUGUUACCAGUUUUAUCAUUAAAUUAUUAUGCAUCGUACGUAUCAACAGCUUUCUCUUAUUUAAUGACAUUACGAGUAAUAUUUGUAGAAUCAUAAAAUUAAAUUUUUUAAAUUUACACGGAUUGC